AUGACGGACCAAGCAAGAUGGAAAGCUACUGUCUACGUUGGUGGCCUGUCACCGAUGGUGAAUGCCGAGAAUCUUGCGGCUGCAUUUCUGCCCUUUGGAGAAAUUGCUGAUAUUUCCCUCCCGAAACCCGAUUCACCAAACUCAACGGAGCCACAUAGGGGUUUUGGUUAUGUCGAGUUUGAAGAUGCAGAAGACGUCAAGGAUGCUAUUGACAAUAUGGACCAAUCCGAGCUUUUUGGGAAAGUGAUCAAGGUCUCCGCUGCAAAGCCCCCGAAGAACGUCAAUGAAGGGCUUGGAAGCAAGACAGCAUUGUGGGAACAGGAGGGUUGGCUGGCAGAACAUGCUGUGAGUGAAGAAGACAAGCUAGCAGCAGAGGGUACAAGAUCGGCCGCCGAAGAUAGACCCGAUGAUCCUAUGCAAGGUCUAGAGGGUCUGGAUGUAGCUGGUCCAAAGCCCGAGUAA